ACAGUGAGAGGGGCCUGGCGGCCGUGCGGGAGCCAUGGCGGCCACGGAGGCGGCGGCGGCUGAGUCUGCGGGUCCGGCCCCGGGUGUCCCGGCCACGCCGGCGAGUACGCGGGAAGCCGCCGCCGCCUCAAGCCCGUGGAGGCCGUCGGAGUCGCGACUGCAAGGCAGCCGACCGCGACCGGCCAGGGCUCGGGCCGCGGCCCCGGUGCCACCGGCCCGGGAGCUGAUCCAGCCGUCUGUGAGCGAGCUGUCCCGGGCUGUACGCACCAAUAUUCUGUGCACCGUGCGCGGCUGCGGCAAGAUCCUGCCCAACAGUCCUGCGCUCAACAUGCACCUAGUCAAGAGCCACCGACUGCAGGAUGGCAUAGUAAAUCCAACAAUAAGAAAAGAUUUGAAAACUGUACCGAAAUUCUACUGUUGUCCAAUCAAAGGAUGCCCUCGAGGCCCUGACAGACCGUUUUCUCAGUUUUCUCUCGUUAAGCAGCACUUUAUGAAAAUGCAUGCAGAGAAGAAGCACAAAUGCAGUAAGUGCAGUAAUUCCUAUGGCACCGAGUGGGACCUGAAAAGACACGAGGAGGAUUGCGGCAAGACUUUCCAGUGUACGUGCGGCUGUCCCUACGCCAGCAGAACCGCACUGCAGUCUCACAUCUACCGAACCGGCCACGAGAUCCCUGCAGAACACAGAGACCCACCUAGUAAGAAAAGGAAAAUGGAAAGCUACCUGCAAAACCAAAAGUUGUCCAGUAAAACCACUGAACCACUGAGCGACCAACCAGCUCCUCGCCAAGAUGCUCAUGAACCAGAUGCUUCAGAAGGAAAGCUAGCAGCAUCCCUCGAAGACUCUUGUAGCUCCCACACCAAAAAGCAGAGCAUCGCAACGCCUCCCAGGUGCCCCCAGAAGUUGCUUCUACCAAAGCCCAAGGUGGCUCUGGUUAAACUUCCGGUCAUGCAGUUUUCCCCUGUGCCUGUCUUUGUGCCUACCGCGGACUCCUCAGCCCAGCCUGUGGUGUUAGGCGUGGAUCACAGUUCUGCGGCAGGUGCUGUGCACUUAGUACCCUUGUCAGUAGGAACCUUCAUCCUCAGCCUGGAUUCAGAGGCCUGCUCUCUGAAGGAGAGCCUACCUCUCUCAAAAAUUAUCAGUCCUGUUGUUGAGCCAAUGAAUGCAGGUGUUCAAGUGAACUUGAGUAAAAGUCUGUGUAGUCCUUUACAAGAGGUAGGGAGUGUGUGUCAGAAGAACACCAUUUCCUCAACCAAUGUGCAGACCGAUCUGUCCUAUGCUUCAGCCAAUUUGAUACCCUCUGCUCAGUGGCUUGGCCCUGAUUCCUCUGUGUCAUCGUGUUCUCAGACUGACCUGUCGUUUGAUUCUCAAGUGUCCCUUCCUGUUAGUGUCCAUACCCAGACAUUGGUACCCAACUCUAAGGUCACUUCAUCCAUAGCUGCUCAGACAGAUGCAUUUAUAGAUGCCUGUUUCCAGCCUGGUGGGGUCUCCAGAGAAACCCAGACCAGCAGGAUGCAAAACCACACAGAUGACUCAGUGCCAGUGGGCCACACUGGCCUGUGUGGGGACAUUUUUGAAAGUGUCCAUUCGUCAUACAGUGUUCCAAAUGACACCAUCAUGAGUAGCAGUUUAGUUGCAGAGACAGUAACUCAUGGUCUGUUACCUCAGAGUGACCCUAAGAUCUUAAGCCAAGUCAUCGAAAAGUCUGCACCUGUGUUAAACUUCAGUGCCCAGAACAGCAUGCUUCCUUCACAAAACAUGACAGAUAAUCAGACCCAAACCAUAGAUCUACUGAGUGACUUAGAAAACAUCUUGUCAAGUAAUCUGCCGGGUCAAACACUGGAUAACCGGAGUCUCUUGUCCGACACAAACCCCGGUCCUGACGCCCAGCUCCCAUCAGGCUCAGCGCAGAAUUCUGGGAUUGAUUUUGAUAUUGAAGAGUUCCUCUCGGCCUCAAAUAUCCAGACUCAGACUGAGGAGAGUGAACUCGGCUCCAUGAGCACUGAGCCGGUCUUGGAGUCCCUGGACAUCGAGACGCAGACUGACGUCUUCCUCUCAGACCCUUCCGCGCAGCCCUAUGGGUUCAGGGCAGGCUCAGGCUUCUUGGGUCUUGAGAUGUUUGACACACAGACACAGACAGACUUAAACUUCUUCUUAGACAGUAGUCCUCACCUGCCCCUGGGCAGCAUUCUGAAACACUCCAGCUUCUCCAUGAGUACUGACUCUUCUGACACAGAAACUCAAACCGAAGGAGCCUCCCCAGCUCAACAUGCACCUGCUCUGGAGAGCAAGGUCCAGUUGAGCAGCACAGAAACACAGACCAUGAGUUCUGGCUUCGAGCCCCUGGGGAACUUGUUCCUCACCAGCAACGAAACUCAGACAGCAAUGGAUGACUUCCUUCUAGCUGAUUUGGCCUGGAAUACAAUGGAGUCCCAGUUCAGCUCCGUGGAAACCCAGACGUGCGCAGAGCUGCACGCUGUCUCCAGCUUCUGAAGGUGCAGCCAGGCAUCCCCUCCUUGUGGGUUUAGAACACGGGGUCAAGGACUGGCACCGACUGGGGAUGUAGCCAGUGGGGCAGCUUUUUAGAUUCUCUGCAGUUCUUGGUGUUUUGUACUCGUGAACACAAGAUUGGUGUGCAAAUGUGAGUGUGUUAUAAAGUGUAAAGUGUUGGUCUAAAAUGUCGCCUACGUUUGCUCCUGUGUAGCUAUUCUAUCUUUUCAAAAGGCAUUUUACACUGUAAAACUUAGAACUGUUUAGCUAAUGCCAAGCUUACCAGGUAAUAGGGUGCAAGCUCUGCAGCUGCUUUAACUGAGUAUAGCACACUCAAAUGGCGCCUCCAUGUCUCAAACGCUUAGACAACCCUUGUGUGGCCGCUGACUCCUGAAAUGCCACAUGUCCUUGCCUUGUCAUGUCCCCGACUCAGAAGCACCGAGGGAAGCCUCAGCUGUCUUUAGCUGUUAUGACAGUUCUUAGUCUCUACUGUCCCUCCCUCCUGAGCUAUGACUGCUGCCAGCUUUGUGUGCUGUCCUUCUCUCGAUGUGAGGUUACUGGCCAGUGUGAGAACAGCUCUUAGUGUAAAUGGCAGUUUCAGUAAGAGGAAGGCAUCCAGCCUGUGAAGAUGCGCACUGUGGACACCCGCCUUUUGUUCAUCUUGGGUUCACCCUGCUUCAUGGACAAGCUUUCCUCUGCUUCCUCAAUGAUGUUGAUCAAAAAGAUCUCUGUGACCAAAUCUGUGGGAUUGCCACUUGCCAGCUGAGAGCACACAAAGGCUAGAGAGUAGUUUCUAGUCGCCCCAGAGCUUCUAGCUUUCAGUAAAUUGGAGUUCCUGUGACUCCCUACUCUUUGUGCUCGGUUAAUUUACUAGAACUCAGGGAUACCGUUUCUGUGACAGGUAGACUGGGUGGGAAAGGGGCAGAGGAGUUCCAUGCCUUCUCUAGGCACACCUACCAAGAAUCUGUGUUAGCCUUGUAGAAACCUCCAAACCCAGUCUUGUAAGGUUAAUGGCUGCUUCAAUGUUUGGGUAGAGAGUUGCUUAACCCAUUAGUUACUUACCCUUGAGUGUCGCCCUUCCUGGUGGGUGGGGAGGUAGGGAUGAAGCUGAAGUAAUCCAACCCCUCGAUCAUUAAUUAUUCCUUGAUCACUUCUGCGUCUCCAUCCCAAUACUAUCCAGAGGCUACCAGCUACCAAUGGCUUCAUAGCAAGCAAAAGCAAACUCUUUUUUUUCUGAAUACUUUGGGUUUGGGGGAAGUUGUGUGCAAAUACAUACUUUACAUCACCCACAAACAUCCUUCCUGCUCCACAGUAGAUCAUGGGGGCCUACCUGCUUUCCAUAAUGUACUCAGAGACCCUCUAAGAACUAAAAAGGAAGACAGACGCAGGAUGAGGUAAAGGCCUUCCUGCCCAGCCCUUGUCAGUAUGCUGCACUCCUAAUAGAAGAAGCAGGGCCCACGCGUCUUUCCUUCCAUCCACCCCCAUCUUUUCCUUGAAGGUAGCUCUUUGGUCUGGCAAGUAUAUCAUGUGUACCUUGAGACUAGCAAUUGUCGAAUAGACCCAUCUAAAGUAUGCUAAUCUAGAUUCCGUUGUGACACAUUCUUUAAGGAGGAAAAGUCUGGAGACCAAUUGCUUCAAUGGUAAAGAACACUCUCUCAUUCUGGGGGGCCGGGGGGGGGGGGAGGUCAAGCAAGCCUUGGGGGCGUCUCUGUGCUAAGUAGAUCAUAGCUGUUGCCCAACUCAGAGGCAAAUCAAAAUGAGCACAGCCUGGGGACCCUUCCGGUCUAGCCUGGAAAACCCUGUUCUUUCUGUGGCAUGUUUGUGCUGCCAAAAGCCGAACCUUGGAAAUAAAGCCUAAGGGGGCCGCUGAUGACUCAUUCAAUAGACUGGUAUUGCUGCUGUCCUGCCCCGUCCACCCGAUGCCAAGGACUCAGUAAUGGGCUAAUAACACACCCAGCAGAUGAAUGCAACCCAGGAGCUAAACAGUGGUUGUGGUCGCCUGUGAGUGUGAGUUUCAGAACAGACAUAAAGCCUUAACUUAGAUGUUCUGUUGUUUUGGAAUCUCAUUGCCUUAACGCUCAAGCAUUUAUUUCCGCCCUCCAGCUGAAGGAGAAAUGCAUGUCUGCUCGCGGCUCUGUAAAUAUAAGUGCGGCGAUCUGUGGCUUUAAGUUUUUGUGUCUGUGGCAAUGUGUCUUAAUAGUUACAGGAAAAAGAAUUGGAGCAUGUAAUUGUCCUUCAUGUGCAAGAACUGUCCCCACAAAACCUUAGUCACCUGAACUCCCCUAAGGUUGUUUGUAAACAUAAAUUUGGUGAUUAAAGAGAAGCUAGAAUUCCA